GUAUGUCAACAUGAACUUGUCAAGCAAACGCGAUAACAACAUACGAUAUCUUUUGUAAACAUAAUUACUUAUAUUAGUUUGCUCUUUGAUGUGGGUGAAGUAUCUUGUGUCUUUUUGCAGCACAUCAAUCAAAAUGAGUCGAUCACCGAACCCAGCGAAGGUGCUCAUACGGGAACAAGUGGCGGCUCGUAUCGCUGCUCUUACAAAAGACGAGAUAAAAAGAGAGUCAGAAAUAGUUUAUAAUAAGAUUAUAAACCAUCCAUACUACAAAUCAGCGAGCAGGAUAGCAAUAUUUAUGAGCACAGAUCAAGAAAUCAACACGAUGCCAAUUAUCGCUCACAUCAAGGCCCGAGGUGCUUCUGUCUUCGUGCCGCAGUAUGCGGGUGGUAAAAUGAAGAUGCUGAGGCUGGAAGCUGGGGAUGAAGACAGCAUGCCAUUGACAAGACACGGAAUAGCUCAGCAUUCGAAAGACAUUCAACGAGAGGACGCUUCGGAAAAAGGAUUAGAUUUGAUAAUUGCUCCAGGAGUGGCGUUUACGAAGGAAGGUGGUCGAGUGGGCCACGGCGGUGGAUAUUAUGACAAGUUCCUGGCAAACUUAAGGCCAAACCCUGAUACUUCUCCUAAGGUAAUAGCGAUUGCGUUCAAAUGUCAGGUGUUUGAUGAAGUUCCUAUGAACGAAAUGGACCAAAGAAUCGAUGGGGUUAUAUUUGCUGAUGAUUAAAUUGACGACACACAAUACGACUCACGACAUUAUUAUUUUAUUCAAUUUAUAUUAUUUUUAUAUUUUAAAUAAUGACAUAGUUUAUUAAUAUUAAUGGAUUUUUUCAAUUUUGUAUAAUUAGUGUGAAUAUUAUUAUGUAAACUCGAAAACAUUUAAAAUGCAUUUGAAUUAAAUAUAAUACCUAUCUUAAAUGAUUAUGAAACUAUACAUAAUAUUGUAUGUUUUAAAUGUCAUAAAAUUCCUCUGAA